AUGCGUCUCAGUGGCAUUGAUUCUUCAAUAAUUCGCAAAAUCAUUGCGAUUUUCGUGCUGUUUUCUAACAUGCACGAAUUUAUUCUUUUAAUAUUGUUCCUAGCGCAAGGAAUUGGUGAUGCGCGUAAGAUUAAGAUAGGCGGAAGUAGCCGAGGCUCGAGUGCUGCAAGGACAAAUGCUGCCGGAGUUCAGCCAUAUCAAGCUGGCGGUUUUCAGCCGCAUCAAGCUGGUGGUUGGCAGUCCCAUCAAGCCGGCGGUUUUCAGCCACAUCAACCCGGUGGUUUCCAGCCUCAUCAAACCGGUGGUUUUCAUCCAUCGGGUGGAUUUCCGUCUAAUCAACCAAGGUAG